AUGGCCACAGAACGUCUAGACGAACUAGACAACAUCUUCGACGACCACCCGUCGCUGUCUGCCUCCCUGGAAGACUUUGAAGAACACUCGUCACCGCGCACACCGCUCUUUGGGGGCUUGCCGUCGCAGCACUCUGGGUUCCGGUCGCACGGCGCUUCUGAAGAGCCAGAGGCGCACGAGGACGAUACGCCCGGGAUCCUAGACGCUGCGUCGACGAUUAGCGAUCCGUGGUCGCCACCCGGCUUCAAGAGACAGAUUACUGUUCCCAGCACAAGAGAGAAUAUGCCCUAUCACAACCCCACCAGCAUAUCUGGGAGCGCAUGGUAUCGCCAACAACCCUAUCUGCGGAACCAGCCAGAUCUGAGGCCGCCCGUGGUGGACAGCCCGGCCCUUUCGAGAGAAGUGAGCCCUCAGUACGAGGAUGCGCCGGAAAACCCAUUAUCUCCACAGCCUCUGCGACAUGAUGUGGAUGACUUGGUACUGCCAGCGAGCAUACCUUUGCCUCCUGGAACGGAUUCGCCGUUAAAGGGCCGAUCCCCGAGCCCUGCUCCAAAGCCCAUGGUGAAAAAGGAAGAUUUUGACGAUAUCACAAGGACGAAGUCGUCUACAAUAUUAUCUAUAAUUAUUGCGCUUUUGUCUAUCGCAUUCUUGCGCGCGCUCUUCUUGCCGCCAUUACCACUCUACAUCCCAGACCUGGUGAAGCUGUCAGCGUUUGCCCGCUCUUUUGAACCUUUGAUCUAUUAUUCCGAAAAUGGCGUGCAGCAGAUUGGCUCCUUGCAGGAAACCGGGGUUGCAGUAUGGGAUCUGGGGGAGUCGGUUCGGGGAACGAACAUGACCAGCGCACCGAUAAUUGUCCGGGAACUGGAUGAAUUAUCAGAAUCCCUCAAGACGCUCUCGCUGGAACUCACCCGGUUCUUCGCCAAUGUCGACGCCGACAUCGACUCCAUCCUUAUCGUCAUGGAAUGGGCCAAGCGAGAGCUCGAAUCGCUCUCCCAGCAGCAGUCAAACUCCAUAUCCUCCAUCCUUUUCGAGAACUUUUACGCUUUCCUCUCCCGCAUGGGCGCUCUCGAGGUGACCCCCCUCACCGACGCCAGCAACACCACGACCCCCGCCAGCACCGCGAACACGAACGGGCUCCCCAUCCCCACGCGCCUCGGCUCCAUCGUCACCACCCUCUUCGGCCCGACCCGCUCGCAGCGCACCCAGUCCACCCUCUCCUACGCCUUCACCGAACUCGUCUCCGUUCUCGAAGAGGCCAUCAACACCGAACUCACACACUCCACCGCCCUCUUCGCGCUCUUCGAGUCGAUAGACCGGCAAUUUCUCAACCUGCAGCGCACCGUGGUGCGCGAGUCGGACGCGCAGGAGCGCGCGGAGGGAGAGAUGCUCUCGUCGCUGUGGACGCGGGUGCUGGGCCCCAACGCGGCGGCGCUGAGGAAGUAUGAGAAGAACAAGCGGCUGCUGGGGAGCGUGCGCCAGCGAACGGUGGCGAAUAAGCACUUACUCAUGGACCACCGGGGGAAGCUGUUGGCGUUGAAGGUGAAUCUGGAAACAUUGCGGCGGAAGCUGGUCAGUCCGCUGCUCCGACGGAACGACUCGUUGAAUCUGCCCCGGGCUGCGGGGGCGGGAGGCGGUAGUGGCGGUGGAAGUGUUGAAGCUGGUCCCGCUUCGCUUCCGCCGCCGAUGAAUGGUGUGGAUGGUGUGAUCGAGGGGCAGAUCAAGGGGUUGGAAGGUGCGUAUACGUAUCUGCGCACGGUGAGGGAGAAGCAGAAGUCGAAGUUGAUGGAGAUGGUGUAUGGGGCCGGGAGCAGGAGGAGUGGAGGGAGUAUUCUGGACAGCCUUUCGGGGAAGACGGGGGAGAUUGAAGGGCGGUAG